AGUAAGGGGAGGAACCGAGGAAGCGCUCCGAGUUCUAGUCUCGGAAGGCCGGUUCUGCUCCGGACACUCGCGAAUUGGCACCGCGCGGGCCCACGUUGCUCUGCGGGACCUACAGACGCAGCAACUGCUUGCGGGGCGCGUGGUGCGCAGUCGUCGUAGAGCUGCCCGCGACAGGUGCGAACUCGAGAUCCGCUGCGCUGUACCAUCCUUGUCGUCGAGGCGUCGCUGGAUGCGAGUCCGCUGAACAUCCGAGAUGGCUGCGGGUCCCGGGCUCCUCUGGCUGCUGGGCCUGGCUCUGUGCGUGCUGGGCAGCAGCCACCUCCCGCGUUCCCCGCACGUCUUUCCCCAGCAUCGACUGGGAGUGCGCGAGCCCCGCGACAUGCAGCGCGAGAUCCGGGAGGUGCUGGGGUUGCCGGGGCGUCCCCGAUCUCGAGCACCACUAGCGACUGCCCAGCAGCCAGCGUCUGCGCCCCUCUUUAUGUUGGACCUGUAUCAUGCCAUGACGGAUGACAGUGGCAACGGGUCCCCGCAGCCUCAUCUGCACCGCGCUGACCUGAUUAUGAGCUUUGUCAACAUAGUGGAGCGCGACCGUACCCUGGGCUACCAGGAGCCACACUGGAAGGAAUUCCACUUUGACCUAACCCAGAUCCCUGCUGGUGAGGCUGUCACAGCCGCUGAGUUCCGGAUAUACAAAGAGCCCAGCACCCGCCCGCCCAACACAACCCUCCACAUCAGCAUGUUUGAAGUGGUCCAGGAGCGCUCCAACAGGGAGUCUGACUUGUUCUUUUUGGAUCUUCAGACGCUCCGGUCUGGGGACGAGGGCUGGCUGGUGCUGGACAUCACAGCAGCCAGUGACCGAUGGCUGCUGAACCAUAACAAGGACCUGGGACUCCGCCUCUAUGUGGAAACCGAGGAUGGGCACAGCUUGGAUCCUGGCCUGGCUGGUCUGCUUGGACAAACAGCACCACGCUCCAGACAGCCUUUCAUGGUUGGUUUCUUCAAGGCCAGCCAGAGUCCUGUGCGGGCCCCUCGAACAGCAAGACCAUUGAAGAAGAAGAAGAAGUUAAAUCAAGUCAACCAACUGCCGAACUCCAACAAACACCUAGGAAUCUUUGAUGAUGGCCACGGUUCCCUCGACAGAGAGGUUUGCCGCAGACACGAGCUCUACGUCAGCUUCCAUGACCUCGGCUGGCUGGACUCUGUCAUUGCCCCCCAGGGCUACUCAGCCUAUUACUGUGCCGGGGAGUGCAUCUACCCACUGAACUCCUGCAUGAACUCCACCAACCACGCCACUAUGCAGGCCCUGGUACAUCUGAUGAAGCCAGAUAUCGUCCCCAAGGUGUGCUGUGUGCCCACCGAGCUGAGUGCCAUUUCUCUGCUCUACUAUGAUAGAAACAAUAAUGUCAUCCUUCGCAGGGAGCGCAACAUGGUGGUCCAGGCCUGUGGCUGCCACUGAGUCCCUGCCCGAGAGCCUGCUGCCAUCCCAUUCGCCUGGCCAGGCCCCUCUUCCAAGGCAGGAACCAGGACUUUAUCAGCCCCAAGGCUGACAGGGAAGGCAGUGCUUUAACUGUCCACAUUCGGUCCUUUCACAGGCUUCGCCCUCCCCUGGCCCCUGUUCUUUCUCUGCCCAAGAGUGACCUCAGUCCCCAAACAGUCCCGAUCUCUGGCAGAGGAUUGGCUCAUCUGUGGAGGGUUUGUGACAGCUAAUCUUGGUUGUCAACCUGACACCUGGACCGUCUAAUAGGGAGUGGCCUCCAUCUGACUGGCACACAGGU